AUGACCUCCAAACAGCAGUCGUCCCUGAUGGACCACUUUGCACCCCCAAAAGGCGCUGACAAGGGACCAAACCAAGGAAAACAAAAGAAGGAGAAAAAGAAGGGACCCCAGCCAAACAACCAAGCGACCAAACCCAAACCAGCACACCCAGAGCAAUCCAACGCAACAUCCCCAGAGAAAACACCAAGGCGGCGCCGAAACAAAAGAAACAAGGACUCACCCAACCCAACGAAAAAAUUACCAACAUCCGACCCCACACCCAAGGCAAUGAAAGCAGGGGGAGAGCCUAUGCAACAUGGUGCCCCCCAGAACGAAGGUGACGACAUCAUGGCAACACCCCCAGACCUAACGAGACAUGCAGGAACCCACCAGACCACUGCCAAGCACAAGAUUACGCCAGGAAACGAAGAAACACCUGGCACCGGACUGCCCACCAACAACUUCCUGCCACACAACCCAGAAACUGAAAUCCAGUUCGAAAACAUCCCCACGGAUGACCAAACCACAGCCAGACCCACCCGCCGACCUGAAGCUACAGCAAGCUCAUCCAGCUCCACAAGCUGCAGUACAAACCAACCAGGCGAACCGGCAGUCAAUGUCGACCAAGACGAAACCACUGAAACAGAUGACGACACACACCGGGAGACACCAAAGACUCCCAAGUCAGUCAGCAUCUUUGAGGUAGACGGCGAGGAUGACAGGACUGCCGCCCUGCCUAAGGCCGCCCAAGAAGAUGCACAACUGACGGACUAUCCCCAGAAGCAAGCAGGGAGCACAACCAGACCAGACAAGACAACUGAUGACCCACCAGAGACUCUGCCAGAGAAACCCACACCAGAACCCGACAAGGACAAGCCACAAAAGAAGGCAGAGACGGCCAAACAAGACAAUGAUGAAGCGGCCACACAAGUCACACAGGAAAUGAUCCGGAGGAACCUGUGCAUCAUAGGCGACCCUACACCGACCACCAAAAUAUGGUACGGCACUGGAUCACGACUGAACAUCAACCUUCUCCAGCCCUUCAAUACUUGCGACAUUGCCAGAGGAGGAAGCGAUAGAAAUGUCUCGGCAGUACUACGAUUGAUGGAAGCCUCCGAAUUUGGCAAAAAAGAGAUGUGCAUGAUGGAUACAAAGGGGACACCAGUGAAGGACGGACAGGGACGGACCAAGGUCACCCCAGCACACGAAUGGAGCAUGAGCAUGUUACACGAAGUCAUGACCAAGGCCACUCACGGACCCAUCAGCCUCCCCCCAAUGGGACGCUGA